AAUACAGUAACGUGAAGACUGUAAAAGAAAGUUUGUGGAGCUCCGUUUCUGAAGAGUCUGUUAAGCUGUCCAAUGAAGUAGCCAAUGGGUUAAGCUUGGCUGACAAGCCACAAAUUGUUACCCAAAUUCAAUCGGAGUCAGAAAACUCCUUUAAUUUGGCUAACGUACACCUCAGCCGUUCUGGACGUGGACGUGGCGGACGUGUCAGGUCGUGUCCACGCAUACCAACACCACCGCGUUGUGUGCCGCGCGAGCUGCAGUCUGUGGACAGCAUGACGUCCGCUGACUUCCGCCAUGAUUAUGGAGCACAUGUCGAGAACAUGCGACUGCGGCAAAAGGAUCAACAGCACUUGCAAUUCUUCCAGAGCAUCAUCGAGGACAACAGGCAUUUGUUCGAGGGACGCAGUAUUCUGGUGCUGAGCUGUGGUCCAGGCACGCUGGCUCUGAUGGCAGCACGAGCUGGCGCGGCACAUGUCUAUGCCAUAGAUUACUCCAAUGUCACGGAUUAUGCACAAUUGGUGGUCAAGGAGAAUCACUAUGAGCAUGUUAUCACCGUGUUGCAUGGUCGUGUGACAGACUUGAAGCUAACGAAGCAACUCCUUGUGGAUGGCAUCAUCUGCAACUGGAUGGGACACUGUCUGCUCUAUGAAUCGGAGCUGGUGCAGGUGCUCCAGGCACGUGAACUGUGGCUUAAACCGGAUGGUUUCAUAUUGCCGGAUCUUGGUGCGCUUUAUUUGAUGGGCGGAUCGAAUCAGUUGCUGAAGAACGAACGCUGCAAUUGGUGGCUGGAUGUCUAUGGAUGCAAGAUGAAUGCCAUGAGGCGGUACUCCAUGGCCGAGCCACGUUAUGCCAAGGUCAAGGGAGAUCAGCUCCUCACACUGGCCCGGAAAGUGAUGAGUCUAGAUCUGAGAACAGCCACCAUGGAGGAUCUGCAGCUUGACUGUGAUAUCCGAUUGCAGGCACUGCAUGAGGGAUAUUUCGAGUGCUUUGUGCUCUACUUUGAUGUGACCUUCAGUCGUGGCCAUCUCCCUCAAAAGCUCAGCUGUAAUCCCUGGCUGGGAAGCCAACUCAAGUCACUCUGGCUACAAACUGUGCUCUUUGUGGAGCAACCAUUUAUCAUGCGUGCCAAAUACAAUUAUACGGGUCAUCUAGUAUUUAAACCACUCAAGCAGGAGGAAGAAUUGUCACGUCUCAAUCUCAACGAAAUGAAAAUUCAGAUUGAGUUCUUUGAGGCAACUCCAGAUGGCGGCUGGAAUCCGCGUGUGCGCAAGAGUUGGCUCAUGUUGCCACGCUUCCAAACCGUCCAGGAAGUCACGGACUGCCAGGAUCAACAGUUUCGCCUUGAUCUCUAGGUUAAAAGCUAUAGUUCACUAUUAGAGUUUGUAAAACCAAUGCUAAGAAUUAACAAUUGGCAAACAAAAUUGAGGAACACAAAACUAGGGAACUUUUAAUUAUAAAAUUUAAAUAAGGCAACAUUUGCUAUUUUUAUUAAAGUUAAAUUGUCAUUAGGGAACUUAUAUUGAAAAGACAAAAAUUUUAAAAUAUUAUGAAUCAAUCCCAUAUUUCACAA